UUCCCAUUUUCCAAUUUUCGCACGACUUGGACGGAGGUGUUUGGCGCUGUUGCUUCCUAGACAGCAAGGUUUCCUUCCUGUUAGGCUCCUAUUAGCUAUCCUCUGUCGCCAUCGAAUGUGGUUUGCGCCAGACCCGGAUAACGAUCCUCUUUCUCUUAUUAAUCCCUCAUGGAUCUACUUAAAACUGUGAUUUUCCUUUUGAUUAUCGCUUUUGCUCGGGCUUCGAACGAUGGAACGUGCGGGGCAACGGGUCAGUGUUCGGAACUGGAGGACGAAUCUUCAGAAGAAGACCGGUACACUGCCGAGGAAAAUGCGUAUUUCACGCUAAUCGACACGGCACUCGAUGAAUACGUUCCGUGCAACGACACGGGUUGCAGCUGCCACAAGGGCGUGCUCAAGAAAGACCUGAAACCGUUCAAAGCACACGGCAUUACCAAAGAGGCGAUCGAACGGGCGAAACAGUACGGCACGCACUACCAGGUGAUUGACCACAAGCUGUACCGACAGGCCGAGUGCAUGUUCCCGGCACGCUGCUCUGGUAUCGAGCACUUCGUGAAGCCACUACUUCCCAAGCUCCCGGACAUGGAUCUCAUCAUCAAUUGCCGCGACUGGCCACAGAUUCACCGGCACUGGAACAAAGAGAAGACACCCGUCUUUUCGUUCAGCAAAACGGACGAAUAUCUCGACAUCAUGUACCCGGCCUGGGCCUUCUGGGAAGGUGGCCCAGCCAUCAGCCUCUAUCCAACGGGAUUGGGUCGGUGGGACGAACAUCGGGAAAGUAUUAAAAAGGCCGCCGAGCGGGUUCCUUGGCAGAACAAGAAAGCGAUGGCAUUCUUCCGUGGAUCUCGCACAUCCGACGAACGCGAUGCCCUGGUGCUGCUAUCCAGGGAGCAGCCCUCGCUGGUCGAUGCACAGUACACAAAGAACCAGGCAUGGAAAUCUCCGCAAGACACGCUAAACGCGGAACCUGCCAGCGAAGUGUCGCUCGAGGAGCACUGUCGCUAUCGGUUCCUGUUUAACUUUCGCGGCGUUGCGGCCAGCUUUCGUUUUAAGCAUCUUUUCCUCUGUCGAUCGUUGGUUUUCCACGUGGGCGAUGAGUGGCAAGAGUUCUUCUAUCCUUCGCUCAAACCCUGGGUGCACUAUGUACCGGUCCCAGUGCGUAGCAGCCAGGCACAGCUAGACGCUUUGAUCCGAUUCUUUCGAAAGCACGACGAUGAGGCACGCGCUAUUGCCGAGCGAGGAUUUCGUCACGUGUGGCAACAUUUGCGCAUGAAAGAUGUUCAGUGUUACUGGAAAAAGCUGCUACAUGAGUACGGCAAACUGAUACGAUAUUCGGUGGAACGUGAUCGAAAGUUGAUCGAAGUGUAGCAUCACCCUACGAGAUAAAAUUGAGCAGAACCAUUUCCUGUUUAGACUGUAAACCAACAAUCAACCACCAAUAUACCAUUCCAAAUACCGUCAGUUUCGAUAAAAGCCGGUAUUGUAAAACAAACGAGACACAAUGUAUUCGCGGCAUUGUUCAAUGUUGACCGAAAUUCCUCGUCCCCCCCUUUUUUGUUAAUGUGGUAAUACCGGUUCCCCCAUUCAGCUUCAUUUCGCAGAUAGUAUGUGGCAUCAACGUCAAGUUAUUUGCAUAAUGUGGGGCGGGCAGGGGACAUUGCGCCCCAAAGGUCUCAUUUAUCGUUACAGUCGUGGAUCAUCAUGAGUUGAACCGAAGUUGGGAAGUUUUGGCAGCUGAAUGGCUCGUUGUUGAACUUGACCCACAAAACGGAAACAGGAUAGUAACUUGAUAUUGUGUAAUAUAUGCUUUAGGCACGGCGUUCGACAGGUGCGAAAUUUGUCCAAUUUAAAGAGUACCAUGAAC